UAUUUAUCCUUCGGCUUGUGAUCAGUACGUUUCGAUGUUUCAACUUGGUGUGUAAAAUCGGACUUGUACAUUCGUACUUUGAAAAUUCAGCAAUGUUGCUUUAUUUCUUGAUCGUAGCAUUGUGCAGUUUAGCGUGUUUUCACGUAUAUGUUAGGCAUGGCAAAUACGGAAGAGCAAUUGGUAAAAUGCGUGGACCACCAGCUUUACCGAUUUUUGGAAAUAUGUUAUCUCUUAACUGUGGUCCUGUGGAGUUCUGGAACUAUUUAGCAGAUGCCAUAAAAAUAUACUAUCCAUGUGGAAGAAUUUGGUUUUUUACAUGCGCAGUAGUUAUAACUCAAGACCCAGAUGAUCUCCGAAUCUUGCUAACGGAUAAAACUAAUAUCACCAAGGGAUUUGUGUACGAGUAUUUUCACCUUAUGGCAAAAACCGGCCUCAUUACGAGUACAGGUGAAAAAUGGCAAUACAGGCGAAAAAUCCUUACACCAGCGUUUCACACACAUAUUAUAAAAAAAUAUAUGAAAAUAACAUUUGAACAAGGAGAACGGUUUGUGAAAUCAAUAAAAGCUCAAGGAGACGAAACUGUACAGAGUCUUAUACCAGUUUGCUCGGAUCUCACUUUAAGCAUUAUUCUUGAAGCAGCAAUGGGCAUUCAAUUUCAAACCAUUGGAAACAAGGCAGAAGAAUACAGGAAGGCUAUUGAACACUAUUUUUCUUCCAUUGCGUACAGAGCGACUAGGCCAUAUAUAAAAGACUGGAUGCUGAGGUAUUUUAGCGAGGGACGCCGUAUUCUAGCCACCGUUAAAGUUCUUCGUGAAUUUACAGAUAAGAUAAUUGAUGAAAGGAGAGAGUAUCAUAAGCAAACAAAACAAGAAUCCUUCCAAAAAUACGUCGAUGACGACAUGGAACACGAGUGUACCGACGGUGAAGGGCGCAAAAAGAGAUUGGCCAUGCUCGACCUUUUAUUAAUGGCUGAAAAAGAGGGUUUGAUAGACGAGGAAGGAAUCAAGGAGGAGGUGGAUACAUUCACAGCAGCGGGUUAUGACACUACGGGAAUGGAAAUGGUUUACUUGUUAAUGUUGAUGGCUGAAAACAAAGAUCAGCAGGAAUUGGCAAGGGCAGAAGCUAACAGAAUACUAGACGCAUCGGGUGGUAAAAUUUCGAUGAAAGAAAUCAACCAAAUGGAAUACAUAGAGCGUUGCGUGAAGGAAUCACUCAGACUGUUUCCAACUGCACCACACAUAGUUCGCGCUGUAACCGAGGACAUACAACUAAAAAAUUACAUGGUACCUGCUGGAACUGACAUAUUCGUUCCCAUACACAUUCUUCACAGAGAUCCGAAAUAUUGGUCAGAUCCAUUGAAAUUCGAUCCAGACAGAUUCCUGCCAGGAGAAGCUGAGAAGCGUUACCCCUUUACUUAUUUGCCUUUCAGUCACGGGCCCCGCAACUGCAUCGGUCAAAAGUUUGCCAUUGCUGAGCUGAAAUCUCUGCUUGCUUGCGUUCUGCGCAAUUUUUACCUCGAACCCGUGAGUUACACGAAGGACUUGCAGUUUACACUUCACGUAGUACUACUGCCGACGGUGCGUCCGCAUAUAAAGUUUAUCAGUAUUAAGAAGAACGACUAGUUGAGAAUCCAGAGUAUUAUUUUUAAAUAAAUAUAUGUAUACUACUGCGAUCUACACAACACCUUCCCCUCUCACACACACACACACACACACACACACGCACUCUAUGUUGAAUUAAAUAAUGUAAUUUGGUAAAAAA